CACGUGACCGCGCGCGUCGCGCUCGGACGAGCUCACGGAGCCGGCUGCACCGGGCCGCUGUCGCUCCCGCCGCGCCGGUGGCCGCCGCCGCUGCUGUGCGGCGCAGGGUGGGCUCGGGCGCAGGCUGGGCGCGGGCCCCGGGCGCCGCGAUGGAACCGCUGGCCCCCAUGCGGCUGUACACGCUCUCCAAGCGCCACUUCGUCCUCGUGUUCGUCGUCUUCUUCGUCUGCUUCGGCCUGACCGUCUUCGUCGGGAUCAAAGGGCCCAAAGUGAUCCAGACUUCCGAAGCGUACGUGUCGCUAAAUAACAGCAAACAGCUAAAGGCAUUCGAAGUGCAUUCAAACCCGCUGUCCGCCUACAACCAGCAGCUGUGGCUGACGUGCGUCGUGGAGUUGAAUCAGACUCGAGAAACGUCGGUUCAGAUGAACUUCUCCAUGACCGUUAAAGUGGACGGGGUGGCCGAAGACGGAACCACCAAGUUCAUCCGUAACAAAGCUCACAAUCGGACUCGGACCCUCACGUGUGCCGGGAAGUGCGCAGAGAUGAUCGUGGCUCACCUCGGCUACCUGAAUUACACGAAGUACACGGUGAUCGUGGGAUUUGAGCACCUCAAGGUACCCAUCAAGAACGUGAACUUCACGUGGAAGACCUACAACCCCGCCUUUUCCCGGUUGGAAAUCUGGUUCCGGUUCGUCUUCGUGGUGCUCACCUUCAUCGUCACGUGCCUGUUCGUGCACCUCCUGCGCAAGUUCUCCAUGCGGGACUGGGGCAUCGAGCACAAGUGGGUGUCCGUGCUGUUGCCGCUGCUGCUGCUCUACAACGAUCCGUUCUUCCCCCUCUCCUUCCUGGUGAACAGCUGGGUCCUGGGCACGCUGGACGACCUCUUCCAGUCCGUGUUCCUGUGCGCCCUGCUGCUCUUCUGGCUGUGCGUGUACCAUGGGAUUCGGGUCCAGGGAGAAAGGAAGUGUGUGACUUUCUACUUGCCGAAGUUCUUCAUCGUUGGACUGCUGUGGCUGGCUUCUGUCACGCUGGGGAUAUGGCAGACGGUCAAUGAACUGCACGACCCGAUGUACCAGUAUCGAGUCGACACGGGAAAUUUUCAGGGGAUGAAGGUCUUCUUCGAGGUGGUGGGGUCCGUGUACGUUUUAUACCUGUUCUUCCUGGUCGUGCGGGCCUGCUCCGAGCUGCGCCACAUGCCUUACGUAGAUCUCAGGUUGAAGUUCUUGACCGCGCUGACUUUCGUAGUGCUCAUCAUCAGCAUCGUCAUCUUUUAUUUAAGGUUCGGAGCUCAAGCACUGCAGGACAAUUUUGUAGCUGAGUUGUCAACUCACUACCAGAAUUCAGCUGAGUUCCUGUCUUUCUAUGGCCUGCUGAACUUUUACCUCUACACGCUGGCCUUUGUGUACUCGCCGUCCAAGACCGCCCUGUACGAGUCCCAGCUGAAGGACAACCCCGCCUUCUCCAUGCUCAAUGACUCCGAUGACGACGUCAUCUACGGGAGCGACUACGAAGAGAUGCCCCUGCAGAACGGCCAGGCGCUCCGGGCCCAGUACAAGGAGGGGUCCGACAGCGACUGAGCUCCCGGCGGGCCGCGGGCCGUCGGGGAGCCUGCCCUGCAGGGACCGCCUGGCCUUCCGGACCCGCCCGCUUUCACACUUGUCUCUCGAGCAGAGAUGCCCUGGUCCUUGCGUGUUUACAUGAUUUUGAAAGGGAAACCGAAACCGAGGACAGACUCCUGCGCUGGGCCAAAUUCACUGUUAGAGCGGCUGCGUUUCUCUGGGAAGAGAGGCGCCGAUACACGGCCAAGUUCCUUUUCUAAGGUUUCAGCUGAGAGAGAGCUUGUUUCCAGGGGUAGGGGGGCCGUUGCUCCUGUUUUUAGUCCAGAGAAUUACGUGCUUAUUAAAAAGUGACUUACCAACCCCCAGCUCAUGGCAAGUUCUUCCCAGCAAGGCCCGCAGCCCUGGGGCAUCCCUUCCUCCCCCUGCCCCCUGGUUCUGGUUUUGCCCCCCUGAACCCCAGGGAAGCGGGUCUGUGCAGCUCCCUCCCGAGGGCGAGCCCUCCCCACAGGGUGGCCUGCGCCCUGGGCCACCAGGCAUCUCCUGCUGACCAGGAAUGCAGACAGACCGGCUCGUGAGGGCAGCGGCGGGAGGCAGGUUGCAGCCCUUGCCCACCCGAGCCGAGCGCCUGCUGUGGGGUUCCGAGGAAAGGGUGAGGUCCCAGGCAGGCUGCGGCUCCAGUGGGGAAGGGCUUGCUGCCAUAGCUUUCCUGGGGCUGUGUCUGCACGCGUGUGCGUCACACACGUGGGUGUCUGCACGUGUGUGUGUGAGCGUCACGCACGUGGGUACGUGGACGCCCCUAUGGCCGGGCGGAGGGAGAGCGCCCCCGCUGCAUUCCAGGAAGCGGGCACUUCUGCGGCUCUGCUGCGAGGGACGCCCAGCAGAGCUUUCUUGCUUUUUUAAAAUAAAACAAACGACUGAUCUAUUAUAGACCCUUUACUGCCAGAACGUUGUUGUUUCUCACUGGAAAGCAUUGGAGAUGGUGGAUGGGAGCACGCCUUUCGGCAGGGGUGGCUCGUUGGGCCUGUCCCGCUGGUGGUGGCCCCGGCAGGCGGGGCCCCGCCCUGCGGGACGGAGGGGAGGGUCGUGUGGGGCUGCCGAGCCUGCGGCAGCCCGGCAGGCCUCGGGGACUGCCCGCUCCUCUGGCAGAGACGCCGUGUUUGCUUUUGCCGAUUGGCUGCUCACGUCUCUCCUGGGCUGUCAGCAUGUGACCACGGCAGACGCCCUGCUGGGUGGGUGCCCUCUUGGUCUCAGAGAGGACGGCGUCCCCUGCAGACGCUACCUGCGGUUCCUCCACCGGCACACUCACGGUCCGGCGGCUGCCUCUCACGCUAUAGCUCGGCCCCACUCCAGGGGGCGCUGCAGCCUCACAGAGCACUUCCCGGGACCGCUCGACUCCAUGCUUUCCUUUCCAAACACGGAUGGUAACACGCCUUCAAUGUGGAUUCCACUGACAUGUUUUUAAAGCCCUGUAAAUAUGAAUGUUUGAAUUAAAACAACUGCAUUAUCGCAAGGGUAAUUUAAGUUUACAUGGUUUUCUACAUUCGCAAUGGUAAUUUUUUUUUGAUUCUGUGUACUCAGAUAUUGAAAAACUUUUUGUUACCCAAUUUUACAACUUCUAUCAUGACCAACUACACAGAAACUUGUACUGAUUGAUGUAUUCUAGUAUGUGAUAUAGUUUACAUUUGAAUCAUUAUAAAAUAAUUGUCCAUAAUUUGGAAUGCUGUUAUUUAUCAGUAAAUGUAAAAUACGUGAGGCAGCUAGUCACACGGCUUAGAACUUUUUAGAACUCGACUUUGGCCUGUAGUGUGGUUUUAAACUGACGACUGAUCUCUUUGUACACCCGUUCCUCACGGCAUCAAGUCAUGGAAAUGAACAAUGUGGGCGUAUUUCUUUUUGUAACUAAGUUGGGAAAAAAUUACAAAAAAAUGCUUAAGGGGAAAAUUCUUAAAUUAUGCAUUUUCAGUUUCUCUUCCUGGUGUGUCGUACAUAUCAGUGUACUGCACAGUCCACGUGGAAUCUGACUGAAGUAUGUUUAGCAUACAACAUAAAGUAUGAGACUUUACGUGCCCUAGGUGUCCGGUCAAAACACUACAAUCUGCCAGCAACUUUGACAGUAGCAAAAAAUUUUUUUUUCUUGGACAGCAUCACGGUUUUGCAAACAAAUUCUCCAUUCCAAGGGCUGACUUGAGUUCUUCCACGGCACCAGCUUGACUAGCGUCAUCUUCGGGGUGACGUCCUAGAAUGGCCCAGUCCAGGGGGGCCUGGGAGAGGGCCACAGGUACUCCGGUUUCCCCAGGGAGGGCUCCAUUAUCCACGUGGAUAAUGGUGGUUCUUGAUUUAUUAUUAAAUCGUUACAGCAGUGGAGCUGAUGCGGUUCUCUCUCCCUGGAGCCCCAUCUGAAAGUCUAGAAAAGGGGAUGUAAAAAUAUAUUCAAGACUUGUGAGGUUGUUCCUGUACAUAGUUACAGAUCGCAGUAAGUUUAGACACGUCACGUACACCCAGCUCGCCCCAGGGGUGGACUGGGAGACGUCACCAGCCUCCAGCAUUUCACGAACUGAAGGUGCAGCCGCAUUAAACUGGUGGUAACGUGGUGACCCCCUGGAGUCCUGCUCCCGGGAAACACCGACGUUCACAGACGUGACGACUGAAGGGGGGCAGCUGGUGAAGGCUGGACCUGAGUUCCAGGAGGGUUGCAGGAGCCAGCUGCCUUAGGGGCAGACUCCGAAAGCCGUCUCCUCCCCGGGCUGAAGAGAAGCUGCUCUGGUCUGUCCCGUCUCGUUACCCUGGUCACCCUGACCUCCUGUGUCUCAGAUACACUGGUAACUAGCGUAUCGUACUAUGAACCACAGGAUUUUCUGCUACUGAAAACUGCCUUCUUACAAAAAGACUAAAUAUUUGUAAAAUAAAAUGAAGUUUAAGCCCAAAAGGACAGAGCUGUGUGUUAGAUCUCAGAGCUGUGCUGGGGAGCACAGCAACCCCAGCCACAGAGUGGGCACUGUAACUCGUUACCAGUGAAUAAAGGUUUAUUUAUGGCAGA